GUAUAUGGAAUCUGGGUCAGCUGUAGCUAGUUAGUGCAUUUCUGCAUGUGACAGUAAGACACAGCAGCUUCAAACACACUACUAUCCCUUUUUCUGGAAUAGAAUACACUGGAACUUCAGUUGUGUUUCUUAGACAGAUUUAGUUAGCUUGAUUUUUUUAUUCUAUUAAAUCUGCAGGAAGACGAUCAAUUCCUUAAUACAGUUUGGAUCUAACAGGACAAGAAAAAAAAACGUUUUCACUAGAACUACAAAUUAACAAACAAAAACACUGGUAACAUAAAGAAGAAAAAACAAGUUGACUUCUGGAUUUUUAAUCUACUGUAGAAGCCAAAAGCAGCAGCAAAAUUUGUUUUUGGAAUCACCUGCAGAUUAAGAGACCCCAGAGAAAAAGCUAAAGGGAAAUUCUUCUGAAAGCCAUCACAUUCAUCUCAAAAUGAAGAUCUCUACGUGGACUUUGGGUGUGCUAUUAUUCCUACUACUGUCUACAGGACACUGCACAGAAAAGUCUAAACUCAGUAAAUUAUCGAAGAGGCACCCUCGUUCAACAGAUGGUGGAGAGGAAGGAAAAAAAUGUGGUUAUACUUUCUUGGUUCCUGAACAAAAAAUUACAGGGCCAAUUUGUGUAAAUACCAAAGGACUAGGAGCAGAUAACAGAAAAGAUGAAAUCACAAGGAUGGACAUAGAGAACCUGAAGGAAGUAUUGUCCAAGCAGAAACGCGAGAUUGAUAUCUUGCAGCUUGUGGUGGAUGUGGAUGGAAAUAUUGUGAAUGAGGUAAAACUGCUGAGAAAAGAAAGUCGCAACAUGAACUCCCGAGUCACUCAGCUCUACAUGCAGCUCUUGCAUGAGAUAAUCCGAAAGCGCGAUAAUUCACUUGAGCUUUCCCAACUGGAAAAUAAAAUCCUCAAUGUUACAACAGAAAUGUUGAAAAUGGCAACACGAUACAGGGAGCUUGAAAUAAAAUAUGCAGCACUAACAGAUCUUGUAAAUAAUCAGUCUGUGAUUAUCUCUUUAUUGGAAGAGCAGUGCUUGCAGAUACUGUCACGACAGGACACCGACGGAUCUCCUCCUCUUGUUCAGGUGGUGCCACAGCACAUUCCUAACAGCCAGCACUAUACUCCCAGCCUUUUGGGAGGUAAUGAGAUACAGAGGGACCCAAGUUAUCCUAGAGACAGAGACAUAAGGCCACCACCUGAUCCAGCUACUUCUCCUACAAAAAGUCCUUUCAGGAUACCACCGCUAACUUUAAUCAAUGAAGGUCCUUUCAAAGACUGUCAACAAGCCAAAGAAGCUGGGCAUUCCAACAGUGGGAUUUAUAUGAUCAAACCUGAAAACAGCAAUGAACCAGUACAGUUAUGGUGUGAGAACAGCCUGGACCCUGGAGGCUGGGCAGUUAUUCAGAAAAGGACAGAUGGAUCUGUCAAUUUCUUCAGGAAUUGGGACAGUUAUAAGAAAGGAUUUGGAAAUGUUGAUGGAGAGUACUGGCUGGGACUAGAAAACAUUUACAUGCUUACCAAUCAGGACAAUUAUAGGCUAUUGAUUGAACUAGAAGACUGGAGUAAUAAGAAAGUCUAUGCAGAAUACAGCAGUUUUCGCCUGGAGCCUGAAAGUGAAUUCUAUAGGCUGCGUCUGGGAACUUACCAGGGAAAUGCAGGGGAUUCCAUGAUAUGGCACAAUGGAAAACAAUUUACAACACUGGACAGAGAUAGAGAUACAUACACAGGAAAUUGUGCCCAUUUUCACAAAGGAGGCUGGUGGUACAAUGCUUGCGCACAUUCUAACCUUAAUGGAGUGUGGUACAGAGGAGGCCAUUACAGAAGCAAAUAUCAGGAUGGGAUUUUUUGGGCUGAGUACAGAGGAGGUUCAUAUUCCCUGAAAGCAGUUCAGAUGAUGAUCAGACCCAUUGACUGAAAAAAAAAACCAAAAAAAAAAAAAAAAAAAAAAACCCAUACCCCAC